AUAAAUAGAAAAUUAAUGAAUAAAGUACAUGGAUAUUAUUUUUUUCGAACUGUUGGCACCAAUGAUGAUAAGGUUCAUUUUUUGAUAGUGUUUCUCUUAUUGGAUUGUGACCUAGAAACCGGAUUUUAUGAUAGAUUUGGAAAGCCAAUAGGACAUCUUAGAGGGAAAGUUGUAUUUAUUACUGGAGCCUCAAGUGGAAUUGGAGAACAUACAGCUAUAGCACUAGCCAAAAAUAGUGUUAAGCUAGUUCUGGUAGCUAGACGAAGAGAAGAACUAGAAAGGGUGAAAAGGGCUUGUAUAGAAGCUUCAAAAAAUCAACUGACCCAAAAUGAUAUUCUUGUCAUACCAAUGGAUGUUACUGAUUUAUCCUUACACAAAAAAAACUGGGACUAUGCAGUUAGGCAUUUUGGUAAAGUUGAUAUUCUUUUGAAUAAUGCUGGAAGAUCUCAAAGAGCUGUAUUUGAAACAAUUGAUAUGGGUGUGGAUCGUCAAAUGUUUGAACUGAAUACUUUUUCAAUUGUUAACUUGACCAGGAUAGCUGUAAAUUAUUUCAAUACUGUCGGAGGAGGACAUAUUGCUGUAGUUACAAGUAUCGCUGGUAUUGUAGGUGUUCCUUAUUCGGCUACCUACAAUGGAACAAAACAUGCAAUUCACGGUUAUAUGAAUGCUUUGAGAGCUGAAAAAACUGGAAGAGGCCUUUCUGUUUCAAUAAUUUGCCCAGGACCUAUAUUCACAAACUUUUUGUCUGAAAGUUUCACUAACACUGUUGGUCAGAAAUAUGGCAAAAAUGUGCAAUCAACAGAUAGAAGAAUGACUGCUGAAAGAUGUGGGCAUCUGUGCGCAGUUGCUUUAGCUAACAAAAUACGAGAAUCUUGGGUUGCCCUACCUCCUAUAGUAUUGUUUACAUAUUUCGCAGUUUAUUUUCCAGUUUCAUAUAAUUUCCUUCUGAAAACUUUGGGACCUGAAAGAUUAUUCAAAUUGAGGGAUACCCAAGAAUUUACCUUACAAGAGGUACAAGUCAUUUAAAUUUCAAAUGCAAAUGUACUGCUGGGUUGCUUUACUAAGUUUUAUUUUUUAUAGAACAGCUUAAUUAUUUGCUAUUUAAAACUUUCAAUCCUGAAAUUUAUCAUGAAGCCAAAAAUAAUUUCUGGAGCAGAACAUCACUUAACAUGAUUUUUUUUAGUUGAAUUGUGAUAUCGUAGCCAAAUAUAAUUAAUAUCGGUAAAUGUGAAUGAGUUUUUCAUAUUAUUAAUGAGAGACAAUUCAACUAGAUCGGUAGUUUCAACCAAAUGCAGUACACAUUAUUAUAAUUUCUCAGGUUGAAAAUUGGUAUUAUUUUUCAUGAUUUAUAAAAUUGUGUUCAGAGAUUUUUUAUAUUUAUGAAUUGAAUUUUUUUCCAUACAAAAAGUUCAUAAAUUAAUCUUUCUAUAUUCGCCAGUCUGCUUUAGUAUACCGAUAAUGUAUGAAUUUUUGAUAAGUAUUGUUAGCUUUAAUAUGGUGACAUUUCUUCCAUAUCCAUUAGUUUGCUUUGCAUGCUUAAUUGCGUUAAUCUAUAGUUUUCUUUCAUUCUGAUCAAGUUUCUUUUCAGGGCUAUAGUAAAUCACGAAAGGAGUAGGGGUGAAGGGUACUUAAGUUUUAACAUUUCAUCUUUAACUAACUUUCUUGUAUCUAUCUUGAGUCUUCCAAAUGUUUUUGGAAAAUUUUGGUUGAGGUGCCAUAAGAUUAUUCAAAACAUCUAAAUAGGUAUCGAGUUAAAAUUCACCAAAUUCUCUCUUACUUUUUAUUAACAUCAUUUUUAAUCUUUGGCUAGACUCUUAUUUGCUGUAAUAUUUUUAGCAAAAUGAUAUUCAAUUCAUUCUCAAAAGUUAUAUUGUUAAUUAUUCUUAUUACAAGAAUUUUUCCUUCAAAUAUACGAAAAUAAUAAGCAGCUAAGAGCAAGUAAUAUUUAUAUUUUGUUUACUGAUAACUAUUAUUUCAGAAUUAUGUGUUUUUAGGUCAAUUUGAAAAUUAUUUUUUCGUAAUAUACCUAUUUUCUCAAAUUUUUAGACACAUGACUACCAAACAUUUGACAAAAGACAAACAGUGACUAAUAUGGUGACUUACUCGAAGAAACAAGACAGACAACGUUGACUGAUCUUUAUAUUAAAAAUAUUAGGUUAAAAACUUUAUGAAUGGGAAAUAUAUAUUGUUAUUGUUAGAAAUGUAUUAUAUUUAUGUAAUCUAUGAAGUUUUAUUGAAAUAAAUUAUUAUGGAGUUUUA